AUGCAAGACGCCAGUUUAGACAUAAAUGAUUUUUAUGAUUCAAGUUUGAGCAUUUUGGAUAAGUAUAAUGACGGCAAUUAUGAUGGAGAAGAAAACAUAUAUACUAAACAAAUUAUAAACUUUCACCAAACAAAUUUUGAAUAUAGUGAUACAUCAUCCAAAUUAAAAGAUAUAGAGGAUGUGAGAGAAUUCAUUAAUGAAAUUACGAGCGAGUUAGAAAUAUCGAAAAAAGAAAACGAUAAUAAUAGGGAAUAUGAAAUAGCAGUGGAACAAAAUAUAGACAAAAGGCUAGUAAAAAAGGAUAUAGAUCUCCUUAUAUCAAGUUGUGAAAAUUUAAAAGAACUGAAACAUAGUGAACAUAUCUUGGAUAUAGAUGUUAAUAACUUUGAAAAAAAAUAUAAUGAAGUUAUUUCAGGAAAUAAUUAUAAUAUAGUCAAGUGUAAUUCAAAAUUUGAUGAAACGUUCAAACGUUUAGUGAAGAAUCAUGCAUUACUCUUUCCAGUUGUAUUAUUGUGUUUAAUUUCAGGAGGAUUCGCAAUUCCAUUUGUUAUUUUAUCAGUACAUAAAACGGGAUACACCAUUAAUAAGCUGUUUAAACUCAUAAAGAUACUCAAAAAAAGAUCGAAAUAUAAAAUAAAAAAAUUGAAGACCAAACACGUAAAACAACCAGAGUCAUCUAUUAAAGAGCCCACAGACGGUUCCAACAAUAUAACAUCUGGUCAAGGAACUGAACAUCACCCUUCUGCAAUAAAUGUAAAAGAAGAUAUAUGGAAAUAG